AUGAAUAGAUCAUUCCCAUCAUUCAGGGUGGUUAGAUCAUCAUGGAAAUCCUAUUCCACUGCGGCAAAACCACCGCCAACAACUCCAAUUACCCCCAAACAACCACCAACCGCUAAAACCCCCGGGUUCAAGGGUAAAAAACUCCUUAUUUUAGGGUUGGGUUUGGGAGCGGUGUAUGAGAUAGAUAACAUUUUCUAUUCUUCCACCCUUACUAGGUCCAUCAGAGCUGUUACUGUACUUACUUAUGUCGCCUUACGCUAUAAGUACACUAGCAGUGAAAACCAGAGCAAAUUACAUGAACCCGCCAGUGAAAUGUUGUUCAACAUGUUCACCGCCAACAAGGGGCUUUACAUCAAAUUCGGUCAAGCCAUUGCUAAUCAAGGAUCCGUUUUCCCCGUGGCGUACCAGAAGAAACUCGUACGUUUAUAUGACGAAGCUCCUUGUGAUGAUUGGAACACGGUAGAUGGUCUUUUAAAGAAAGAAUUGGGAAGAGACUAUGAAACGGAAUUGUUCCAAACUCUUGAUCAUAAACCAAUUGCUAGUGCUUCUAUAGCUCAAGUCCACAAAGGGGUGUUGAAAAAUGGUGAUGUGGUGGCGGUAAAAGUCCAACAUCAUUACAUUCAAACCCAAGUGGCGGCUGAUUUAUUUGUAUAUAGAAUGAUGGUCAAAGUGUAUGAGAAAGCGUUUGAUUUACCCAUGGCUUUCUACUCCAAAUACAUUUCUGAUCAAACCAUGACGGAGACCCGGUUCACAAAUGAAUUGGCCAAUACGGAAUAUCUCCGUCAGUGUAUAGAAAAUGAUUCUUCUGUUAGAAAAUUGGGUAUUUACAUCCCCAAAACUUACAACCAAUGGAAUACCGAUAAAGUAUUGAUCAUGGAAUGGGUGGACGGGGUUUCCUUAGUGGAUAAAACUCGUCUUAUAGGUGAAAAUUACGAUUUAACCACCAUAAUGCAUCAAUUUGUAACGAUAUUUGCCAAACAAGUGUUCAAAUAUGGGUUUGUUCAUAGUGAUCCUCAUCCUGGGAACUUACUUGUACGGAAAAUUGGAGGAAAACAACAAUUGGUCAUUCUUGAUCAUGGAUUGUAUGUAAAAUUCACCGAAGAAUUCCGUAAAGAAUACUGUCAAUUAUGGGAAUAUAUGUUCUCAUUCAAUACCAAAGGUUUGAAUGAUUUGGGACAAAAAUGGGGGAUUAAGUAUAUGAAUAUGUUUGGCAGUAUGAGUCAAUUGAAACCUGUAGAUUUAUCUGAAGAAGAAAAACAAUUAUUCCAGAAGAAUAUGAUGGUUGAAUUGUUUUCUGAUUUGACAAAAUUUCCUCUAGACAUUGUGUUUUUAUCACGAGCCAUGAGAAUUGUUCAGAACACCAAUAAGCAAUUGGGAAGUCCUGUGAAUAGAAUUAACUAUUUAACCAAUGAGGCCUUGAAUCUGUUAGUUCAUGAUUCAUCUUUCACCCAUUGGUUUACUUUGAUAACGUUGAAAACAUCAUUAUUGGUGAGUUCAAUGGUUUUCUGGUUUUAUAGGUUAUCUCAGAUUUGGAAGGGGGAUAAAUAUGGCUACAAAAGCAUGGGAUAUGAGGAUAACCUCGAUGAGUUUAUGAAAGAUAGAGCUAAGGAUAUGGGGAUGGAGAUUGUUGAUGAUCCUAUAGAGAUCAAGUAG